CCCACCCCCUCCCCCCCGCGCCCCGACCGGCGCGGCUGGGGCUUCGGAGAAUGCAGCCGGGGCAAAAUAUUAACAGAGUAUCCCCAUCUCAUGGGCUUUCCCUCCUCCCCCAGUUUCACAAAACCUUUGGUAACUAACUAAGAAAAUGCAGAAGAUCUUUCAAACAGAGGAAACCACUGAUUCCCAAGCUCUCAGAAAAGGGAAGAGGAAAAGGACGGAGCCAAUGGACUCAGAGAACGUAAACAGUGACCUGGAUAAAGCACAGAGAGACCCAUAUUCGGGAAAUGCCUUUCUGCCUGGUGAAAGCUCCAGUGAGGAUGAAGAGCCUCUAGCAGAACUGUCAAAGGACGAAUUGUGCACAAAAAUAAAAAGCCUGAAACAAAAACUAACAAACAUCCGGAAAGAAAACAGCCGCCUUCGACAGUCUUUGGUCAUGCUGCAAGUGUUACCGCAGGCCGUCACUCAGUUUGAAGAGCUGGUCGGGAUGGCAGAGGCACUGCUCAAGGGUGGAGGAACCCUGUCCACAUCCGCAUCCACCCUCUGGAGAGCAGCAAAUAACUCAUCGCCGGAUUCCUUUGCUUCUAUGUGCAGUAAUUCUAACUCUAAUUCCAGUUCACCCAUCUCCCUGAAAGCUGAGGAAGACCAUCAGACGGAUGAGAAGCAGUUCAAGAUUGAAAAAUGGCAGAUUGCGCGUUGCAACAAGAGCAAGCCUCAGAAGUUCAUUAAUGAUUUAAUGCAAGUGCUUUACACAAAUGAAUACAUGGCCACACACAGCCUGACGGGGGCAAAAUCCUCUACUUCACGGGACAAGGCUGUGAAACCAGCUAUGAAUCAGAAUGAAGUUCAAGAAAUUAUAGGAAUCACAAAGCAAUUAUUUCCCAACACAGAUGACGUUUCAAUCAGGAGAAUGAUAGGGCAAAAGCUAAACAACUGUACCAAGAAGCCAAAUUUAAGCAAAACUCUGAACUCUCAGGAUAUUAAGUAGAUCCUCUCGGUA